ACACCGGGAGAAGCCUCGGACGCCAUCUCUUGCCCGCCCGGUGCUCUCUCGACUCUGGAGUCUGGAGUUCAGUCAGGUUCCCAAGAACAAGAAGCCGCCGACCAACCACCAAAACCCUCGUGCCUCCGCGGAAUCCAGCCAGCCUCCGUCCCGCUCCCCGCAAUUCAGUGCGGGAGUCUGCAGGAUUGACUUGAUCCCUCCGUGCUCCGACUCGCCUGCUGUUGCGAGGAGCGAGCGAUUGCCGCCGCGAAUUCCACCAAGCUCCGGCAGUUCUUUCACGGCAGGACGAUGCGAGGAGUGCGGCGGAGCGCGCGCGGGGAAUCGUCCAGGAAGGCGGCGGACCGGGACCGGGACCGGGACCGGGACCAGGACGUGGAGCGGUUCGCGCUGUGCGCCAAGAUGUCCCACCUCACGAGGACCACGUCGGAGCCGUGCCGCAGGACCCGCGGCGCCGCUUGGGCGCGACGGAGCAGGCCCUUCUCGGCGUUCGAGCUGGUGUCGGCGAGGGAGGCCGGCCGCGCGGGCGGCGCCGGGUUCUCCGCCGCCGACCGAGCCUACCUCGGUAGGCAGCACAUCCCCAGCAAGGGGCCCUGGGGCGUCGACGACGUGGACAGCGAGGCCUACGUCUCGCAGUUCUCCGCCGAUGGCUCGUUGCUCAUCGCUGGGUUUCGGGGAAGCCGCAUCAAAGUCUACGACGCCGAGAAAGGGUGGAAGAUUCAGAAGGAUAUAAGCUGCAGAAUGGUGCACUGGACGAUUUCAGAUAUUGCUCUCUCACCCGACCAACGAUUCCUUGCCUAUGCAAGUUUGUCACCUACUGUUCACAUUGUGAACGUGCAGAGUGCUGGAAAGGAAUCACAUGCUAAUAUUACUGAAAUUCAUGAGGGAUUGGAUUUAACUGGUGGUGAUGAGGAUGAGGACUUUGGAAUAUUUUCUGUUAAAUUCUCAAAAGAUGGUAAAGAAAUUGUUGUUGGCAACAAUGAAAGGUCAAUAUAUGUUUAUGACCUUGCAACAAAUAAAGUGUCAGCCCGUAUCCGUGCUCAUAAAGCUGAUGUCAAUGCUGUUACCUUCGCUGAUGAAAGUGGAAAUGUGUUGUACUCUGGAAGUGAUGACAGUUUCUGUAAGGUGUGGGACAGACGUUGCCUUUCAGGGGAAAAGUCAGCAGGUAUUUUGACAGGUCAUUUAGAUGGAGUUACAUUUAUCGAUAGCCGUGGUGAUGGGCGUUAUUUCAUCUCCAAUUGCAAGGAUCAGAGAAUCAAACUUUGGGACAUCAGGAAAAUGUCUUCCGUCGUGAGAGCUCGCCCAGUGAGUCUAGUGGACUGGGACUAUAGGUGGAUGCCAUUUCCAUCAGAAGCCCACUAUUUUAAGCAUCCAGAUGAUCAGUCUGUGGCCACAUACAGAGGCCAUUCAGUUCUGCGAACACUUAUCCGUUGCUAUUUCUCCCCUGUGCACAGCACGGGUCAGAGGUACAUAUACACAGGAUCAAGUGACAAGACUGUACAUAUUUAUGAUGUGGUAAGCGGGGAGACUGUCAAGAAGCUAUCGUGGCAUGACUCGAUCAUCAGAGACUGCACCUGGCAUCCAUACUACCCAACGCUCGUCAGCUCCUCCUGGGACGGCUAUGUUGCCCGCUGGGAGGCAUCCGGCGACGACAAGGACCCUUCAAUGCUCGUCCACAACGAGAAGAGGGCAGGUGCAGGUACCCGUUACUUCCGGAGAUACGCUGAUCCCUUCACAGAUGCCUUCAUGUAGAGAGGCAUGUUCCUCGUCUGCAAAGAGGUUACACUUACACCAAACGGUGGUGAAUUGUUUGGGAAUUGCAACUGAGCAACAUGUACAGUGCCGUUUGGCUCAUAUAUAGUUAUAGCCGUGCGAUAAUAUGUUGCUUUUAGCUCACAAAAGUAAAUGAACAUAUCACGUUGUAAAAAUUUUCCAAUAAAUCACGAGUAUUCAUAGAGGUGUGCGUUAUACUGUGUAAUUUUUUUUAAAAAAGAACAUAAUAGAUGGAUCAAAGUGACUUCCA